UUGACGUUAAAAGCAGCUUCUGUUCAUAAAAAAACGUUGGAUUGUUUAAUUAACCAUGCUACAGCAUUAUCUACACUAGCUUGUAGCAUCAUGAGCAAUUUUUUAAGGACAAGAAUUGUGGCCAUUGAAAUACUGACUAAAUGCUGUAAACAUCACGUAAAUGGAUCAAAUAAAUUAUUAGAAGCGAUGUCAUCUGUCAAAUUAAUAUUUGGUGAAUCUGUUAGAUUUAAAUUUCUGGUAUCAAUGCUGAAUGGAGGAGGGAAAAAUUCUAUUGUAUUUCAGAGAGCAUCUUUAACUUUCAUCAACACUUUAUUGGAAAGUUGCUGUAGAUCAGCUGAUCGGGUUCGAAUUCAAUGUGAGUUAGAAGAAGCUGGAUUUGAUAUUAAUUGUAUGGAAGAUAAAUUUCACGAAUGUAAAGUUGCUCCAAAUGAUAGAUUGUGGGUCGAAGUCAGAAAAUGGAAGGAAAUGUAUUUAGAUGUACAGCUGGCCCUUAGAGAAUAUCAGACUAAAAGUAGAGAGAACAUUAAAUUACUGCAAGAAGUAGAUAACCUUCGUGACACGAUUAAAAAAAUGGAAGAAGAUAAAAUGAAUUUAUUAAAGACAGAGAAAGAAUUAAAAGAAAAAUGUGAUAAACUUCAUCAGCAAUUGAGAGAUUUUAAAAACAAUUUCAAAAAUCAGCCUACUUCAGAUCUGUCAUUACCAGAAUUUGAAGAAGAAACUUACACAGAUUCUGGUCGUUUCAGUAACGAUAAAGACGAAAAUAUUCGACAGAUUCCUGUAGCUUGGAAAUAUCCACCUUUACCACAAUCUAAAAGAACUGUAAUUCGUAGAAGUCGUUCUUCAGAAAGGAAAGAGAAACAAUUAUCUAUAAACCGUAGCAGAUCAGAAAACAGAGUAACACCCGUAACGUCUUCGAACGAUAGAACUAAUAUAGACCGUUAUAAACACUGUGACGGUUUUUUCUUUAAACCAAAUGUACGAUUUUCUAGUGUUACGACAACUUCGGUGUAUAAGCCCUCAUAUAUAAAUAAUCAAAGCGAUAUGGUUCAUAAAGAAAUCGCUAGAGCUGUCAAAGAAAUUGGAGGUUGGUUAUAAA